AUGGUUUUCCAACUUCUAUCCUCGCUGCUCGCUUCUCACAGCCCGGGAAGGUGUAAAACAUCUCAGGAAGUGCUCAGAGUCUCAGACAUUAAUCCACCAGUAUCCAGGCACUGUUCCUUCUGCGGCGUGUCUGUGGAAAAGGGCUUUGACGUCGUAUGGGAGGACAGAGACUACAUCGUUUUCCGAGAUUACCGCCCGUCUGCAGCCCAUCAUCUACAGGUUAUUCCGAAGAAGCACAUAGACAGCGUAAGGUCAUUACGGAAGGAGCAUAUAGCGUUGGUGAGAUCGAUGGGAGAAAUUGGUCAUCGCGUUCUAGAUGCCCUGAAUGUCCCAGCGAUAUCCCGCCGGCUUGGUUUUCAUAUCCCGCCGUUCAACUCCGUGGAUCAUCUACACCUACAUGUUCAGGCCUUGCCAUAUAAACCUCAAGCUAGGAGAUUAAAAUACCCAGUAAUGGAAGGUGGACGGGACGACAUUAAAGGUUUCACAUGGUUCGUCACUUUGGAGCAGACCGUGAAAAUCCUGGAAAAGGGCAGUAAAGUCGGAGUCUUCCCAUGUUGAGGUACGGACGGCUGUCACCAAAAGUCUGCGGGUUACCCUGGAUGCCCGGAGCUGCGAAUUUGAGGGAAACAAGCGAAGUUUCCCCUCACUAGCAUACCCUCGAACCCGAUUCUGUCCGAUAUUGAGGUUUACGGGCUUGUAUCUCUAGUUCCGG